UUUUUCGUUAUAAAGUCGAAAGCUCUAUCUAACAUCUGCCCAACCCAAAAAAAAAACAGAGAAGAAGAUCCACACAAAACAUGAGUAGCUCUAGUUCUCCUCAGCUUCACAAUGUUUUCGUCUAUGGCAGCUUUCAAGAGCCUGAUGUUAACCACGUCAUGCUUAACCGUACUCCUGAGAUCGUCUCUGCCACACUCCCUGGCUUUCAGAGGUUUAGGCUUAAAGGGAGAUUGUAUCCAUGUAUUGUACCGCGUGAGAAUGGAGAAGUUCAUGGAAAGGUACUAGUGGGAUUAACGGAUGAUGAACUUGAGAAUCUUGAUUGGGUUGAAGGAAACGAAUAUGAAAGAGUUACAGUUGAGGUUGUAAGGAAGGACAACUCAGAGAAGAUGACAGUGGAUACAUAUCCAUGGAUCAACAAGAAUGAUCCUGAUAUUGGUGGAGAUUGGGAUUUCGAGGAAUGGAAACGAUUGCAUAUGAAGAAAUUCAUAGAGACAUUCAAAGAAAUCAUGGAAUUUAAGAGGAAUCCAGACAAGGGAAGAGAUGAUUUCCAGUAUGUUUUACGCGAAGAUCCCGGGAAUGCUCCGUCGUCUUGAAUGUGAUGAUCGAGUAUGUCUUAUAUAUCAUCUUUGUUUUUAAUGUUCCAAAUUAAAUAAAACCUAGAGAGUCUAUGACUAUGUAUUAUCAUUUCCUACUCCGUGUGCCAUAAUAAUUCAACUUCUCGACACAAACAUCCAUAAACCGUUUCAGCACCAUUCGUUCAUCGGGUAGUGCUCGACUCUGCUGAGGGUCUUUGAUAUUGGUUUAGUACCCGUAGUCA